CUGAAAUUAAGUUUUGACUCAGUCUGUUUGCCGCACUAAAACUUUAAUGAACCUCUACUCGGACUGUCUGUCCGUCAGUCUGUCUCUCUGUCCGUCUCUCUCUCCGUCUGUCUCCUAGUUUAUGUCUUAAUGAGGUGUUACCUUUCACCCGUGAGUGCAAUGCGCCUCCUCCAAGCCGCUGUCGAAGCUAACCAACUGCAAAUUUAUAGUUCACAGCUGAAUGUGCCCACACACACACACACACACACAUACACUCGUUCAGUUCAGGUUAAAGCAAAUCAUAAAAAACGUUGAAAAGCAAAUAAAAAAGAAAAAAAGAAAACGUUGCGCAGACGCAUUGGCUCAGUCAAUUUUUGUAGCUCGCCGCGCGCAGACCAGGUCCGAACGCAGCUCCGUCCAAGAGGCCAGAUUUCGCCCGUUCCGGAUUUCGUUUUCAACCGAAUUACGCUUUUGCUUUCGUUUCGCAAGCGGCAUUUCGCAAGCGUCUCUUCUUCUUGAUCAUGUUAAAGCUGAACUCUUUGCUGGCACUGCUGCUGCUGCCGCUGCUGCAGCUGACGCUGGCCACGCCCAUAGCGCCCACCACGCUAGAUGGCGCCACACCCAUCGAUGCACAGGUCUCCGCAGCGGAUUUCGGUGCACUGGACGCCUUUGCCGAAGAUGCCGAGGCCGAGAGCUCAGCGACGGCAGCCAGCGAGGCGGGCUUUAAGAUCGCGCUGCUGCCCAUGCCGGCCAAGACGGCGGAGUCUGUGAAUCUGGAGCACGAGGCGCUGCCCUCCAAGGUGCUCACCGCCUACGACAAGACGCACCAGAAGCUGGCGGACAUAACGCACCCUGUGCCCAUCUUGGACGGCAUCAGCGAGCACGAGAAAUAUGGCAACAAUGGCGACAAGUUCGACGGCAUCUCGCGCUCAAUUGUCAACGGUUACGAGGCCUUUUCCAAUCUCCUCAACAGCUUCAUACAGAAACCCAAGGAGCUGGCGCGCAGCGUCUCAAAGGGCAUCACGGCACAGUUGGACAUUAUUGGAGGCAAGCUCGUGGGACUCUAAAGAUGAAGACGGGGAACAUAAGUAAAACCAUUUUUUUUUAUUUGAUUGUAU